UCUGUCAAAUUUCUCAAAAAUAAACAUUUUCAUUCAAGUAUUGACAGUGUAAGAUCUCAUCUUCAGUUCUUGAAAUCAAAAUUCCAGUGAAAUAAUAUCUAAAAUAUUCUUUUGUUACCUUUUCUCUUUUUGAAAAAUAUUUGGUGAUCUCCAGUGUAUUUUGGACAGUGCAAAAACGAUUUAUUAAAGGCUCGUUGCGUCAUGUCAUUUUGAGACCUUGAUCAAUCUGAAGGACUACGUGUUUGAAAACAGACAAUUUUAUUUCAUACAAAACUAAUAAAUAUAUUAAUUAUGUCCAGUGUUCGGUGCAGUUUGGCUACUGCUGGAAAAUAUGCAUUUGCUACUCGUAAUUCGAAAUUACAGCAAGGCAUUCUAGCUGCUAUUUACCAAAAGCAAAUUAGUCAGAAUAAGAAUAUCUCUACAGGUAUAGUUUUAUUAAAAACUAUUGGUGCUGGAGAACCCCCGACAAAUACUACACCACCUACAAAUAAUACUACGACUAACAGUGGUGGGGGUAAUGGUAAAAAUAAAAAUACACUGUCUUGUCCAAAAUGUGGAGAUCCUUGCACUCACGUUGAAACAUUUGUUAGUUCAACAAGGUUUGUUAAAUGUGAGAAAUGUCACCACUUUUUUGUUGUGUUAAGUGAAGUUGACAGUAAGAAAAAAGAGGGAGUUGAUUUGAAAAAUGGACAAUACAGAAAACCACCACCGCCUCCUAAGAAAAUCUAUGAUUAUUUGAAUAAGCAUGUAGUGGGCCAAGAAUAUGCUAAAAAGGUCCUAUCUGUAGCCGUAUAUAAUCAUUAUAAACGAAUUUAUAACAACACACCAAACCCGACAAAUAAUAGACAAGAUAUGGCAGUAAUGGAACAGGGACCUCAUCAAAACAUGACCCAUCGAGAUUUGCUCCAUAUAACAGGCAUGGCACAUAGCUCAAUGGGACUCAGUUUCAGCCCUACAGAACCUCCUUAUUCAAAGACGACGUCGCAAAGCGCAGUUGGAUCUGAUAUUCUUGAUAGAACUACGCAUGAAUUGAAGCUAGAAAAGAGCAAUAUUUUAUUACUGGGCCCUACAGGAUCAGGUAAAACAUUGCUGGCUCAAACAAUUGCACAGUGUCUUGAUGUUCCUUUUGCAAUUUGUGAUUGUACAACUUUGACACAAGCCGGAUACGUAGGUGAAGAUAUUGAGUCAGUUAUAGGAAAACUUCUUCAAGAUGCUGGAUACAGUGUGGAUAAAGCUCAAAUUGGCAUAGUGUUUUUGGAUGAAGUAGAUAAAAUUGGUGCUGUACCUGGGAUCCACCAAUUAAGAGAUGUUGGCGGUGAAGGGGUACAACAAGGUAUGUUAAAAAUGCUAGAAGGUACAGUAGUCAAUGUUCCCGAGCGAAACUCACCAAGGAAACUGAGGGGAGAGACAAUCCAAGUCGAUACAACAAAUAUUUUAUUUGUAGCUAGCGGAGCAUAUAAUGGCCUGGAAAGGCUAAUACAAAGAAGAAAUAACGAGAACUAUUUAGGGUUUGGUGCACCAGUGUCAGCUGGUCAAGGUAGAAGGGCAGUGGCACAAGAAGCCACUCUUCAUUCUUCAACACAAUCGGCAGAAGAAGAAAAUUCAGAGAAAGAUGCUGCGUUACGACAAGUUCAAGCAAGAGAUCUCAUUGAUUUUGGCAUGAUACCGGAAUUUGUGGGUCGAUUUCCUGUUUUGGUGCCUUUCCAUUCAUUAGAUCACACCAUGUUGGUGCGAAUUUUGACUGAGCCUAAGAACGCCUUAAUACCUCAAUAUCAAAGAUUACUAGCGAUGGAUCAGUGCCAAUUGAGUUUUUCACCAGAUGCUUUAAAAGCCAUAGCCGCGUUAGCCAUGGAAAGGAAAACCGGAGCUAGAGGACUUAGGGCCAUAAUGGAAGGCUUGCUCUUAGAACCGAUGUUCGAAGUUCCUGGCGAAAGUAUAAACGAAGUUCACAUUAAUGAAGACUGUGUUAAAGGUAAAUGUGCGCCUAUGUACGUAAAAAACAAUGCGGAAGCAUCGGAAGAAGACGAAAUAAACGCAACAAUUAGACUUAAGCAAUGAUACUGGGGGGAUAUGCACUAUUAGGUAUAGGAAAUGCCUGUGAAUAAUAUUUUAUUUCAUUUAUCUUUUAGACACUUGAAUUGAAAACUUUAAUAAAAAUUGUAAAAUAUAUAAGAUUAGUUUAUUGUAUAAAUAUUGUGAUCUUUCAAAAAAAAGAAUAUAGUUGUUAAUAUGUUAAUAUUAUUACUGUCAUUAUUAAAAAAUUACUAGUCUUCAGUUUUGGCAUACCUUUCAGUAACUACAAAAGUACAUUUAAGAAAAAGAUCAUAAAAACGGAGGAAAAAUUAAGUUAUUGUGCUCUUGUGAUUUUUAGUUAUUACGAAAAGAAUAAAAACAAAUAAAAAAAUAUAGAUAUAACUAAAUAAACGUUUUUAAAAAA